GCUCCCGUCCAUUUCGCAGCCAUCGCUGUCCCAGCUGUCCUCGUCAUCGCCUCCUUGCCGCCUGUCUGCGCGAUAAAGCACCCAUCGGCAACCGCCCCGCGUAGUCCAUCGCCAACUGACCACGGCCGAGAAUACUGUGCUAUGGCUACAAUUGCUCUUCCCCGACCAAUCGUCCCACAUCGAUCCGCCUCUGCCAUCGGCUCCCUUACUUCUACCAUAACUCUCGACACCAUCAACACCCAGUCAGGCCAAUGCCCUCCCCCUGUCCCGAAUAAACAUAUUCCUGUUUGCCCACCAGGCCCAGUGCCGCACGCCGACCCCACGACACCACCCCCGACACCCGGAAAUGGCGAUGACGAUGUUCCGCAGUCCCUGCUUUACCCGCCCUACAACUACCCUCGUCUCGAUUCCGGACCAUUUUCUCUCUACAAGAUCGAUGCUGGGGGUGUUGCUGGUGCCCUAGAGUACCUUUCGUGUCAACCUCUACCCGAUCCGUCGCACGUGUUUCCCUGGUUCCAUGGUCUGCACCCGAGCAACCACGUCCAGCAGGCUUUCUUCAUUGCCAAGCGCCGCGCGCUGAGGAGAACCCCCUCUUGUCUUCGGGGUAUCACUCUCGUCAAGGCGGACGGCGAUCUGAAUACAUCCCGCCUGAAAGGGGCAAUCGCCCCCGACGAGCUUUUGCAGUCCGGGUCCUCGGCCGAGUUCCUCGACAUCGAUCCCAGGGAGGGCUUCUCAGUGCGGAACUUCCAGAUCCAGGCAGCAAAGAGUGCCAUGACAUCCGACGUCAUUGUCUACGGCGAUGACGACGACUUGGUUCGGAAGAUUGGUUGGGAUGUCACUGCUGCGCAGCAGAGAUGGCGCGAGAAGCACGAAAUCCAAGGCAACUCACUACCCCAUUACAACACUUUUAUCUGUAUUGGCAAGUUUGAGGCCUUUGAGCAGCGGUUCCCAGAAAUCGUCGCUGUCGACUCUGCCGGAAACUUGACCGGGAACGUGGUCGACUUUUUCCACCAGGAGAGGAUGGAGAUGUAUGCCAUGACGAAGGCGUCCGAAAUAUCGCACAACGUAUGGAUGGGCCCGACUCCCGAUCCAGCGUCGGAGGACGAGCAUCGUUAUGACCUUUUGAUAGAGUGCAGCGAUCUAGGACGUCUGAACCCGUCCGCACUUCAGGCUGUCGCGGAACGGCCCGACCAAGUCGUAAAACAACCCUAUUUUGACUUCCCCUCGUCGGGGAGUAUACUCGCUCCGACCUGGUCCCAUGCCGAGGCCGAUGGCAUUCUGGAAACCUGCAAAUGGAUUUACCACCUAGCUCACGGCACGUACCCGUCCGACUCCAACGUGGAAGAGACAGAUGACGGAGGCGACACCACCAUGUCUCCUGCUCCGGAAAUUUGUCCAACCGGGUUGCGCCCCCGGAAGAUACUUAUCCACUGCGCUGAUGGCUAUACCGAGUCGACUAUGCUCGGAAUCGCAUACUUUAGCUACAGCACUGGUCUUCCGAUCCCGGACGCCUGGCUAAAUCUGCACACGAAGAAGCAUCGCAACUUCUUUGCCUACAUCACAGACGUAGCUCUGCUGAGCGCCAUCGCUCCCCGCCUCCUGCACGAGUCCCCAGUGUGUUCCGACAAGCCCUUCUCCGAGAUUACAGAUCUGGUCAAGAACGAGCCGAAGUGGUUCCCGGGCCUGGACGGAUCGCUCCCUAGUAGGAUCACGGACUACAUGUACCUCGGAAACCUGACGCACGCAAACAACCCUAGCUUGCUGAAGGCAUUAGGAAUCAAUCAAAUCCUGAGCGUGGGCGAGACAGCCAUGUGGCCGGAUGGCGAGCUGGACGAGUGGGGUCCGGAGAACGUCUGCGUCGUCCAGGGCGUGCAAGACAACGGGAUUGACCCUCUGACAGAUCAAUUCGAGCGAUGUCUCGAAUUUGUUGACCAAGGCCGUCGCAGAGGCACAGCGACACUCGUCCACUGCAGGGUCGGCGUCUCCCGCAGCGCCACCAUAUGCAUAGCCGAGGUGAUGCGGGCGAGGAACAUGUCCUUCCCUCGGGCCUACUGCUUCGUGCGCGCCCGCAGACUCAACGUCAUCAUCCAGCCUCACCUGAGGUUCGCAUACGAGCUGUUGAAGUGGGAAGAGCUCCUCCGGAUGAAGAACGCCGGCGCCGAAGACGGAUCUGACGAUUGCGUCAAGAGAGAGCUCGAGUGGGCCGAGAUUGCACGCGAGGUGGCCCUUAUGAACCGGCCAUAUGCGCGGUGAAUGGGUUGCCGCCCCCAGAUUUUGAUUGCUGUCGCUGCUGUGAGAGCCAAGCCUCUCGAUUCCGGCGGCUGGAUUUUCGAAUGAUAGCCAUC